CUAUUUCUGUCCCUGGCUGAGUCAGAUGGACGGCGCCCAAGUCAGAAUGACACAGGCAGGCACACUAACUCCUCCGAGUGGGGCUGAAAACAUCUAGAGGACUCUAAAAUACUCCAAAAAACAACGUUGGGGACAAAAUAAUUGAAGGAUAUCAGGAAGAUGGAGGAGUGUGAGAGCCCGGAUUCCGAGGUGACGGAGCUUCGGGAGUUUAUGAGCCAGGACGAUGAAGACGAGGUGGAGGAACUGCAAAACAGUCUGCGAGAGGUUGUCCAAGACCAGUCUGUGAAGCCAAAGUUCCAGUGCCUGAUGGCGGAUGCGUCGUUCUCCAUGGUAACGGUUCAGAGCGAGGACAGUGGUAUUGUUUGGGAGACGGCCUCCAGCCGCUGCUCCACCCCUUGGGCCUCUGAAACCAGCUCCAUCUCUGAAGCCUACAGCAUGGACGGAGCCGCAGGAAAGAUCACCGUCGUCUUUGAUGAGGAAAAAAUAGUCCGCAGGAGGACGAGUUCUGGAAGGAGCAGCCGGCUCGGGGACAGGCUGAGCAGACCUGGUAGCUCAAGAUCAGCUUCAGUCCUGGGAGUGGAGAGGCCGGAGAUGGCGGAGAUUUCUCUUCCCAACGUCAAACCGGAUAAAACCGAAACGGAGGCCGACUUAGAGGAAAUCAAAAACAAAGAUCAGCAGCUGUUUAGUUUGAUUUCAGAAGGCUAUGAGAUUCUCAACAUCAGGGUCCCCUCCAAACUCCCCACUGUGGAUGAGGAAGAGAGCACAGAGUUUCAGGACAAUUUAUCUUAUUUGGACCAGACUCCGAAGAUCAAGUCCGCAAGCAGAAGAGAUUGGAGUCUGGAACCGAAUCCUGCACUGUCAAAGGAGGGGGAAUUACUGGAUGACCAAGAGACCUCAAAGCGAGACUCUCCUCAGCCUUCAGCGGACACAGAGCUCAGAGACACUCCCGCUCAGAAAGGGAGCACCGGCGACAUAGAUUACUUUGAGAAGUUCACCUUGGUCGAUGUGGUAGUUCCUGGAGAACAAGCUCCAGAGUUGCAGGAGGACGCAGAACAGCCACAGGCGAAGCCCAAAGACGAGGAGCAAAAGCCGGCUAAGGAGGCUGACACAAACAGCCCCUCUGCAUCAGAAAACUCCUUUGUUUUUGUUACGGACGUGGAUAUAGCGGGGGAACACCUCGACGAGGUCUUCUAUGGAGCAGGAGCUCCCGCCGAUGCAUCGCAGCAGCAAGACGAGGAUGAGGCAGAGAGCGGGACGAGAAGGAGACGGCCGAGCCACAGAUCUCUAAUGGAGAAUGGGUCAGUGUUGUUCGGGGCUGAAGACACUGUUCUCACGCCAAUUUUUAUCUCCGCUGGACCCCCCAAAAUCAUCGACCAGAUCCUGCUGGAUGAGCCCACUGCCAUGUCCUUCAUGUACUCAGACCUUUACGAGGAUGCUGUCGGCGAGAGGAGGAAGAGUGACGAGGAACGCUCCGAGGCAGAGAGCAUGGCGUCUGAGAAAACGUAUAAGAGACGUUUGUCCGAUUCCGAUGAGGCAGACGGUUACCUGGAGAAGUUUAUUUUGAAGGAUGAAACCUCCACAGUGGAGGUUCAACCAGAGUCAGUGGAAGAGAAGAGGGAGGGGAGGAUGAUGUGGUCCCAGAGUAAGUUUGACACGGCAGGAUGUCUGACGAGGGUAAUGACAGAAGAUGACGAGGAUCCAGGGCCAAAAGAUGUCAGUGUUGGAGAUGGGAGGGACGAUUUACAAUCAGCCACUUUGAAAGGAAGGAGAGAAAUGAUUACAGAGACAAAAAAUAAGAUGAAAGAAAUACAAGUGUCCAUUGUGACUGAAGGGACGGCUGUCGGAGAGGCCUCACGUGAUUCCAUCGAGGCAUCCACACUGAGAGAGGAUCAGAUGGAGGAUCAGGGGGUGAAACGCGAGGUAAAGGUCGAGGCCCUCGAGAGCAGCAUUGAUAAUCCACUGAAUGAAACUCAGAAGGUAGACGGUGAAGAUGAGAAAACGGAGGAGGGUGCGGAGCAUCAGAUAGAAGUGCCGGCAGAAACAACCAGUGUUGUUGAACCUGAGCCGCCGCGUAACGCUCAGGUGGUUUUAAAUGCCGCGGGAGAGACAGCUGUUGCGGCACCUGCAAGCAGUGAGGCGCCUCACAUCACCGAGGUCAGUCGGUCUAAGGAGGCCGCUACGGCUGAUAAGGAGAAAGACUUCACCGAGGCCGCAGCAGAGGCCUCAGCUGGAGUGAAACGAAUGGAGACAUCUGCUGAAACCUCUGUGUGCGAGAAAAACGAAGCAGCAGAAGUCGUUCCUGGGGAUGUUCUGUUGUUCGAGGUCAUCGCAGAGUGUGAUUCUGCAGUACAGGCUUCAGUGGAGGUGAUUGAAAAAACAGUGGAUGAAACGGAAAUCCAAACGGAAGUUCUGAUCGAUCUCCAGGAGGCAUUAAGUGCCGAGACAACAGAUGUUCACACAGCCGAAGAAGAAGAAAAACCUGGUGUUUUAGCAGAAGGAGCUGCAGAGGAGGCCAAGUCGCCUGAAUUCAUUACUGAAGGUGAUCAGGAGACAGAAAUGAAAGCAGAGAUUGAAGUGACCGAACCUGCGAUGUUGGAUGAAGUAAAAAAAGAUUCAUUUAAAUUGCAGAUUUCAAAUAGUGAAUCCAUGCAGCAUCAACAGGAGGAGCCAGUAACCGAGACAGAAGACAAAACACCCACCGAGGACACUGGGAAUGUUACUCAGGAAAAGGUACACGUGGAUGAUGACUUAGUCCUCCUCGUCCCCAGAGGACAAGCAGUAGAGAUGGACAUAGAGAUCGGUCAGUUAUCACAGAAGACUCCUAGUGGUCCAGAAGCUCUCCAUGAACCUGACGCAGGCGGACGACUCACAGCGCCCGAAACCCCGACAACGUGCCACGAGACUCCUCAGGCCCCGACUGAACAGGCACGGCCUCGGCUGGAAGUAACACCGGACGAAGUUCUAAAGGAAGACACACUGUCAAGACACCAGGUGGAGGCCGACGCAGAUGCGCUGAAGGCGAGGAGCGACUUCGAGGAAGUCGAGGGCGACUUUCUCACUCUGAGGAGCGUUACUCCGCAGGAGGAUGUGUCCGGGAGCCACAGCGAGGACGUCAAGUCAGCAGAAGCAGAUGCAGAACAAAAGGCAGAGAUUCACAACGAGGGCGACGCCCCAGAAACCAGCAUUGUUACACCGCAUUCGAGUACAGAGAUUGAUGUGCACAGAGAGGACGUGGAGCCGAAGAUGGAGCGCGACCAGGCAGCCACAGAGGCGACUGAUGACUGGCUUGAAUACGAGAUUAUAUCCAAACAAGAUGCCGAAGGAAUGCCGGAACCGGACACACAGAGAAAUGUAGAGGAACCCACCGUGGAGUCCGGCCAGGAGAGAGAUGAGAGGAUGGAGAUUGAGGAAGAGGAGGACAAGGUCCUUGAUGUUGAGUUCAUAGAGGCGGACUAUGAGAUAAUCGAUGCAGAGGAAGAGAGCCAGGCCCGACUGGCUGCUGAGCUGCAGCAGAUGGACAGGUUCUGUAUCACCUGUGGAUGUCUGCUGUCAGAGGACGACUGUGUCUCUGGAGAGCAUCAACGCCACGAGGUUGCUGCUUUGGACCAAGCCUAUGAGGAGAUAAAGGAGAAGCUGAGCGACUGGAUCUCAGAGCUUCAGGGGAGGUCAGAGAACAUCGAGGACCUGGUGUCUGAACUCGAAUUGGCCUACAACUCUGUAGAGGACCAGUGUGUGGAGAGCGAGGCGGCCAUGCAGGCCCAGAAUGAGGAGAUGAAGGCUCUGGUGAUGGAGCAGUACAACGACAUGUCUGUCAGCAUGGAAGAGGAGAAGAAGGCCAAACUGGAGCAGCUGUACGACCAGAUUGUCGCCUUGCAGGAGAGCAUCGACGCCGCCAAGGCCACUCUGGAGACCACGGCCCGAGAGGCCGAGACCGACGCGCGGUCACCUGAAGACAUCAAUGCAAGGAUCAAGGCUACUCUGGACUCGGCCAUGUCACUGGAGCUGGGGCCGAAGGGACUACUGGUGUUCGAGGACUAUGCCAGGGGCAACGGUUCCAGCUCUCACCUCGCACAGCGCAAGGGAAUCCCAGUGCCUCAGAGGCCUACGCUGCAGCCUCAGGAGACUGGCUUAGCCACUAGCACCAGUGUCACGGUUUACUGGAAGGUCAACCCUGGAGAUAUCAUAGACUGCUUCCAGGUCUACUGCAUCGAGCAUCCACGGGGAGCUGUGUCAGAGGAGUACCGCGUGACAGUGAAGGAGAGCUACUGUGCCCUGGAAGAGCUGGAGCCUGACAAGACCUACAAGGUGUGGGUGAUGGCUGUCAACUACGCCGGGUGCUCCCUGCCCAGCGAGAGACUCUCCUUCAGAACUGCUCCUUCAGUGCCGGUGAUUGAAACGGAGCGGUGCACCGUCAUGUGGGACUCAGCUACAUUGCGGUGGAGCUCAGCAAAUCAGACCCCUGAGCAGAGCUACACCCUGGAGUACUGUCGCCAGUACGAACUAGAGGGAGAGGGACUCAGGUCCAUCUCAGGAAUCAAAAGCUGCGAGCAGCGGGUCCUCCUGCAGCCCAAUGAAAGCUACCUGUUCUCCAUCAGAGCUGUGAAUGAGUGUGGAGCCAGCGAACAGAGCGAGGCCGCCCUCAUUUCCACCAAAGGAACACGAUUCCACCUGCUGGAAGCCUCAGCUCACCCCGCUCUGGAGCUGUCGGCGGACCGGACCACCGUGCGCCACGACGCACCGCCGGCAGACAAACAGUGCCCGUCCAUCCUGGGCGAGUUGUUGCCGGCACAGGGACGUUACUACUGGGAGACCGUGGUGUCCGGAUGCGCCGCCUACAGGCUCGGAGUGGCGCACGACGCGGCCGACAGAAGCAGCCCACUGGGAGAGAACCACCUGUCGUGGUGCCUGCAGUGCGUUCCCACCCCAUCAGGCUGCAGGUAUCAGCUGCUCCACAAUGACGUCCUGUCCAGUAUGUUUGUGAUCGAGGAGCCCGAGCGAGUCGGCGCUCUCCUGGAUUACCAGCGGGGCCGUUUGUCUUUCUACAAUGCCCGAAGCGGUCAGCUGUUGGGCACUUUCCGCCAGCACUUCACCGGGCCGUGCCACCCGGCACUGGCCCUGGAGGCGCCAGGGAGCCUGGAGGUCAGCAUGGUGCCGGAGGUGCCGGGGUUCACCGAUGACAGAUAGCUGCAGCAGCUGCCUCACACGCGGAGGGGUUUACGGUUCAUGUUGGACUCGGUUUGAUUUGAAUAUUUUGAAUGUCAAUUUUUUUUUUUAAAUGACCUACUGCAUUACUGAGAAAACUGCAGAUAUGACAGGACAUACAAUACAGGUACAGGUAUCCCACAGGGAGCAGAAGGAAUCCCGUUCUUCUGUGGGAUUGUGUGUUUAGAUGAAAUCAAACCUAAUCAAUGGGGCAAUUUUCUCUGAUAAACAGUAAAUCAAUUCAAUGUUCAUCAGUUAACAAAAGUGUCUUGUCUAAUAUCUUAUCUAAAAUGUAAAUAGAAAAAGCAAAGACGUGUUCUGAUAACAGUGUGAAAUACAACUGGGUGGAAAUUUAGGGGCUUUAAUUUGUUUCACAAGUGAGUGUGUUUUUUUGUUUUGUUUUGUCCAGGAAGAGGUGAAAUGUUGUUGAUGGUUUUGUACUGUUUCGUGAAUGUUCUUUGAUUUACUUUACUUUCUUUAAACCCUCGCUUGUCUCUGUGAGUGAAACUGAAGCAUUACUCACACAAACGAUAGUCAAAGGCCUUUUGCAACACAGAACUCAGUGGCAUGAAAUGCGCUCUGAGGCUUUCAAAAUGUAUUUCAUAUUGUGAAUUUGUGUAAAUAACCAUUGUAAGAUUUUGUCAUGUGCAACAGCGGCAAGGGAAGAUGAAUUGUUUUAAUUUCCUUCUCUUGUAAACUCGUUUUAACAUCUGAGCUAAAUGAACAUAUUUAUUUUUCUAUUUGCUCAACUGGACUGAUUAUUUGAGCUUUCUAGCACACCUUCACCCACUAGAGGGCUUCAGCACUCUAAUGCUGUAGAUAUUGCCUCAAAAUCAGGCCAGACUGUAUUUCUUCCACCAAUCUUCAGCACUCCUGAAACUGUAGUUCAAUAUGUCCAAAAUAACUUUUGAUGAUCCAGGAGGAGCCAAAUACUAUUUUUCCAUCGUCCCUCGUCUCUGACUCCUCUGCUGAGCUUUGGAGGGAACUGGAGAAGUGAGCUGAAAGUUAAAACCCAGUCUCACCGCAGCAGAACACCACAGCGUUCAACCCAAUUAGGUUCACUCCUCUGGAUCAAACACAAGAACGGGACGGCAGUGGGUUGCUCAAUCAGUGAUAUGGAAAAAAAUAGAAAUAUGGAAUGUGUAAUAAAAAAUGUUAAAAUCUAUUUAUUAAAUAGCCACCACAGAGAGGCUCAGAAUAAGCCGCUACCUCAAAUGAUCCCGACAAUUUAUGAUGUCACGUAUGAAUCAUCUCCUGUCAGCUCAUUUUUUCCACAUCCAAAACCAAACAAAGAGCUCACUGUCUUCCCAGCACCUAAACAAACAAUCAUCUAAUAAGCCUGGUGGGCACAGGUAAAAUAGUUUAUUACUGGAAAAACAAGUUACGUCUUUCAAAGCACAUUAUAUUAGCUUACAACUCUCACGUGAUCCACUUGACUGUUUAUUGGCACAUUUAGUGAAAUGUAACAAAGUGAAUAUCUUUAUGUGGCUUAAAAAGAGAACACAGUGGUU